AUGGUACUAGAACGAUUGGUGAAGAAGGAUCGAGUGCAACGAUUCAUUUGUCAGCUCAUAACAAUUAUGGGCACAAUGAAAAUCACCACAGAUGCCUUCAAUAUUUGCGAUGUUUCAUCGUCUGUUUGUAUUCCAAUGUCCGAUAUUCAGCACAUAUUUCAGGUAAAUUGCACGUGUAUUCUGGUUGCGAAACAAUAUUUUGAAGUGUCAAAUGAAACGAAUUUAUACAUGAGCGGUAUGCGAAUACCGUUCGACUUGUUCAGGCAGCAGAUGCUCACAUCACGACAACGUCAACUACUCGACGCUCGUCUCGACGACCUGUUACCUCGAGACCAAUCGCUCUACUUAUCACCAUCUAUUUUUAUCAACAUGCAUAUUGUUGAGUAUUUCACCUUGUUCACUUGUAAUCGUUCAUCACUCACUGAUAUCUUCACUGCGAUCAGUAACUCUGAGGUAUUACUAUCACAAGUUAUAACUGACCAGGACGACGUAUCAGUUGUGGUGGUCAGUGUUGUACGGGGCCAGUUCAAUGUUGCCAGAUUACUAUCGGACCUAUGUACCCGUGAAUGUCGACGAAGAAUUCGCGUUGAUAGUAGAUAUUGUCGUUGGAAAUGUGCUGAAAAUAUUCGAACGAAUCAUAUUUCAAUUGUUGGCUCGAAAAAACACGACUGGAAGAACUUCUUGCGCAUUGCUGCUGUGGACAACGUACGAAAUAAAUAUGGAGCAUUUAUCCAAGACGAAUAUCGAACCCCACAGCAGUGA